CUGACUUCAGUGAGCUGGAUAAUGUCCUGCAAAAAAUGGGUAUAAAGCCCUCACCUAAAGGACACUUGCAGCCAGAGAAGUCACUUCCAGUUAAUGCUAGUAGAAAUAUGUAUAAGAAUAAGUUGCUGACUUCUCCAAAAGAUAUAAAAGGAUUGCAAGUUGAUGACCAUGACCUUGACUCUAUUCUUGAAAACAUGGCAGUCAGUCUUCCAGCUGAGGAACUUAAUGAUCUUACUCUAACUCCACCAGUUGAUGCGAAUGGGAAGUUUGGUGUCAAUAUCUUAACAGAUGGAAUGGAUGGAGUAAAAGCUAUUACAGGAAAGGUUGAUAUAAAUGACAUGAAAAAAGUUCCAGGAAACGUGGGGAGAGAACUCAAAGAUAAUAAAUAUGAGGCGUUGGUGAAUAAUCUGCCAAUCAAUGGAGGGAAGGUUAAUGUGAGUAAUGUGGACAGCAUUCUGGGGGACAUGAGGAUUAAGCUCCCACAAAAGGAACGGGAAAAACUGACAGAAAACCUGCUACUUAAUGCUAAUGGGAAGGUUGAACUCGGCACACUGAUGGAUGCAGUGACCAAUGUUACAGGAGGGGAAGUUAACGUCAGUGAUAUUGAAAGUAUUCUGGAAAAAACUGGGAUAGAGCUCACAGAUAAGGAGUGCUUAGAACUAAAGAAGUAUCUGCCAGUUGAUGCUGUUGGAAAGGUGUACCAAAAUAGGGUGAUGGAUGGUUUGAAAACUCUUAAAGGAGGGAUUGUUGAUGUCGCCAAAUUAGACACUGCUUUGCAAAGCAUGGGAAUGAAACUCACAGGAAUGGAAAGUAAUGAUUUGAUAAAGAACCUACCUGUUGAUGAUAAUGGGAAGAUUAAAAUGAAAAAAUUAAUGGAUGCAUUGAAUGCUUUUUCUGGAAAAAAGAUUGAUGCCAAUGACCUACUAGAAGUUCUGGGAAACAUGGGGAUCGAGCUCACCGAGGAGGAAUUUUUGAAGCUGAAACAAAUUGUGCCAAUUGACGCUGCUGGAAAGGUGUAUCAGAAAAGAUUGUUGGAUGGGGUGAAGUCAUUAAAAGAAGGAAUGGUUAAAGCCAAUGACCUAGACAACGUUCUGGAAAACCUGGGAAUUGAACUCACAGAAAUGGAACAUGAAGAUCUGACAGAAUAUUUGCCACCUGACGCAAAUGGGAAGAUUGGUCUCAAAAAUGUGAUAGAAGCAGUAGAAGCUGUUACAGGAGGAGAGGUUGAUGUCAGUGAUGUGGGAAAUGUCCUGGAAGACAUGGGAGUAACUGUCACAGAUAAGGAAUGUGGAGAGCUGGUAAAGAAUCUGCCAGUUAAUGCUAAUGGGAAAGUCUACAAGAAUAGGUUGCUGGAUGGUUUGAAGUCUCUUCAUGGAAAACAGAUUGAUGCCAAUGAUCUGCUAGAAGUUCUUGAAAACAUGGGGAUCGAGCUCACUGAGGAGGAAUUUGUGAAACUGAAACAAACUGUGCCAAUUGAUGCUGCUGGAAAGGUGUAUCAGAAAAGAUUGUUGGAUGGGGUAAAGUCAUUAAAAGGAGGAAUGGUUAAAGCCAAUAACCUAGAUAAUGUGCUGGAAAACCUGGGAAUUGAACUCACAGAAAAGGAACGUGAAGAUCUGACAGAAAAUUUGCCACCUGACGCAAAUGGGAAGAUUGGUUUCAAAAACGUGAUGGAAGCAAUGGAAACUGUUACAGGAGGAGAGGUUGAUGUCAGUGAUGUGGGAAAUGUCCUGGAAGACAUGGGAGUAACCGUCACAGAUAAGGAAUAUGGAGAGCUGGUAAAGAAUCUGCCAGUUAAUGCUGAUGGGAAAGUCUACAAGAAUAGGUUGCUGGAUGGCUUGAAGUCUCUUCAUGGAGGGGUUGUUAAUGUCAAUAAGCUUGAUUCGGUUUUGAGAACCAUGGGAUGGAAACUCACCGAAGAUGAAAUUAAGGAUCUCAAAUGCAACAUACCCACUGAUGUAUAUGGGAGAGUUGCAAUGAAAAAGUUGUUUGAUGGAUUAAAAGCUACUAAAGGAAAAAAGAUGAAUGUGCAUCAUGUACCAGAUUUUGUAAGCAAUUUGGGUGUUGAGCUAACAGAUAAAGAAAAUAAGAGGCUGCUGAAGAAGCUUCCAGUUGAUGCUUCUGGGAAGUUCUCUCAAAAUAGAUUGUUGGAUAAUCAGAAGUCUUUCAUAGGAAAAAAGAUUGAUGCCAAUGAUCUGCUAGAAGUUCUUGGAAAUAUGGGGAUCGAGCUCACUGAGGAGGAAUUUGUGAAGCUGAAAAAAAUUGUGCCAAUUGAUGCUGCUGGAAAGGUGUAUCAGAAAAGAUUGUUGGAUGGGGUGAAGUUAUUAAAAGGAGGAAUGGUUAAAGCCAAUAACCUAGACAAUGUGCUGGAAAACCUGGGAAUUGAACUCAUGGAAAAGGAACAUGAAGAUCUGACAGAAUAUUUGCCACCUGAUGCAAAUGGGAAGAUUGGUCUCAAAAACUUGAUGGAAGCAGUGGAAACUGUUACAGGAGGAGAGGUUGAUGUCAGUGAUGUGGGAAAUGUCCUGGGAAACAUGGGAGUAACCAUCACAGAUAAGGAAUGUGGAGAGCUGGUAAAGAAUCUGCCAGUUAAUGCUAAUGGGAAAGUCUACAAGAGUAGGUUGCUGGAUGGUUUGAAGUCUCUUCAUGGAAAAAACAUUGAUGUCAAUGAUCUGCUAGAAGUUCUGGGAAACAUGGGGAUUGAGCUCACUGAGGAGGAAUUUGUGAAACUGAAACAAACUGUGCCAAUUGACGCUGCUGGAAAGGUGUAUCAGAAAAGAUUGUUGGAUGGGGUGAAGUCAUUAAAAGGAGGAAUGGUUAAAGCCAAUAACCUAGAUAAUGUGCUGGAAAACCUGGGAAUUGAACUCACAGAAAAGGAACGUGAAGAUCUGACAGAAUAUUUGCCACCUGAUGAAAAUGGGAAGAUUGGUCUCAAAAACGUGAUGGAAGCAGUGGAAACCGUUACAGGAGGAGAGGUUGAUGUCAGUGAUGUGGGAAAUGUCCUGGAAGACAUGGGAGUAACCGUCACAGAUAAGGAAUGUGGAGAGCUGGUAAAGAAUCUGCCAGUUAAUGCUGAUGGGAAAGUCUACAAGAAUAGGUUGCUAGAUGGCUUGAAGUCUCUUCAUGGAGGGGUUGUUAAUGUCAAUAAGCUCGAUUCGGUUUUGAGAACCAUGGGAUGGAAACUCACAGAAGACGAAAUUAAGGAUCUCAAAUGCAACCUGCCCACUGAUGUGUAUGGGAGAGUUGCAAUGAGAAAGUUGUUUGAUGGAUUAAAAGCUACUAAAGGAAAAAAGAUGAGUGUGCAACAUGUACCAGAUUUUGUAAGCAAUUUGGGUGUUGAGCUAACAGAUAAAGAAAAUAAGAGGCUGCUGAAGAAGCUUCCAGUUGAUGCUUCUGGGAAGAUCUAUCAAAAUAGAUUGUUGGAUAAUCUGAAGUCUUUCACAGGAGGGAAGGUUGAAAGAAGUAAAGUCAAUACCGUUCUAGAAAACAUGGGACUCGAGCUCACAGGAAAGGAGAUUCAAAGUCUAACAGAUAACCUAUCAGUUGAUGGUAAUGGGAAGGUUGAUUUUGAUAAGUUGAUGGAUGGUGUGAAAGCUCUUACAGGUGAGAAGUUGAUACUAGCCUAA